AUGGCGGAUUACCAUUUCGUGUACAAGGAUUUGGAAGGAGCUUCGACGCAGUGGGAUGAUAUUCAGAGGAAACUCGGAAAUCUGCCUCCGAAGCCGGCGCCGUUCAAGCCGGCCCCUUUCGCGCCCGCUGAAGAUGAAGAUUCGAAACCGAAAGGCAAGGAUUGGCUCGACGAGAAGACCGAGGAAGAGCUGCAAGAUCUCGAAGAUGAUCUCGACGACGAUCGAUUCCUUGAAGAAUACAGUUACCCAGAGUGUAGGCUGCUAUUGCAAUGUUUAGAAGAUUUGUCUAAAAGAUACCACGCGACAAAGUUUGUCAAAAUAAUAUCUACAGAAUGUAUUCCAAACUAUCCCGAUCGUAAUCUUCCUACUAUAUUGGUGUAUUACAAUGGUGCUGUGAAGGCAACUCAUGUGGGGAUACAGAGUUUUGGUCGUAGGUGCACCCCCGAGAGUAUGUCGUUUUUGUCUCUUCCUCUGUACGUGCUUUUGAGAUUCUGAGUCAUCUUUUCUUGCACAAGUAAUUGUUAUAAAUUAUAAUAACCCGGGAAGUAUGUCAUUCAUCACUCCUUCUUUAUGUGCUCUUUAGAUCUUGAGCUGUCUUGUCUUGAACAAAUAUAGUUUCUAGUGGCAUGAGUUACUGAGUACUUCUCAUGUAUUCCCCUUGAGAAAUUUGAGAUAUCUAUUGAACAAUCAAUCUAUCUUGGAUGCUGGAUUUUAUACUGAUGGUUCAUGUGCCCAUUUUUAGAUUUCAGGGCAAAAAUGGGGGAGGACAGGGCGGAAGUUUGAACAGGUUGAUCCACAUGAAAUAUAUGCAAAAUGCAUGAAGAGGUCUAUAUGUAUAGAACAACGUUAAAUAUAUGUUUGAAGACCCAGGAAAAACUAGAGUUAGAAAUAAUUAUGUAACAAAAAACCAUUAAUCAGUAUAUAUG